AUGCCCCCCAACGGAGCGUCGCCUGGCCAGGGCCACCCCAGCUCCGGCUGGGAGCAGGGACUGGAGAGACCCGCCGGGGCCCCCAGGCUGGGACGCCUGUGGCUUGGCCUGGGCCUGUUGCUGGUGCUGGCUCCCCCUGACCCCAUGGUUCUCAGGGCCCCGGCUAGAGCUCAUCCUCUUCCUGCCCAGAACUACCCUGGCAGGUUCAGGGGCAUCAUGCCCCAGCUCCGGGCUGCCUUUGGGUGGUGGAACCUCACUUGUCCAGUCUGCAAAGGCCUGUUCACCGCCAUCGACUUUGGGCUGAAGAAGGAGCCCAACGUGGAGCGGGUGGGCUCCAUCGCCACCAAGCUGUGCAAGCUGCUGAAGAUAGCACCCCCCAAUGUGUGCCAGUCGGCUGUCCAUCUUUUUGAAGAUGACAUGAUCGAAGUAUGGACUCACUCGGUGCUGAGCCCAUCUGAGGCCUGUGGCUUGCUCCUGGGCUCCAGCUGUGGGAACUGGGACAUCUUCUCAUCCUGGAAUAUCACUCUGCCAGCAGUGCCAAAGCCGGCCCCCAAGCCACCCAGCCCCCCAGCCCCCGGUGCCCCCGUGAGCCGCAUCCUCUUCCUCACUGACCUGCACUGGGAUCAUGAUUAUCUGGAGGGCACAGACCCUGACUGUGUGGACCCACUGUGCUGCCGCCAGGGCUCUGGCCGGGCCCCCACCCCGCCAGGUGCUGGGUAUUGGGGCGAGUACAGCAAGUGUGACCUGCCGCUUCGGACCCUGGAGAGCAUGUUGAGUGGGCUGGGCGUGGCCGGCCCUUUUGAUAUGGUGUACUGGACAGGAGACAUCCCUGCCCACAAUGUCUGGCAACAGUCUCGCAAGGAUCAGCUGCGCGCCCUGAACACCAUCACAGACCUCGUGAAGAAGUUCCUAGGCCCACUGCCGGUCUACCCUGCCGUGGGCAACCAUGAGAGCACUCCCGUCAAUAGCUUCCCUCCGCCCUUCAUAAAGGGCAACCACUCCUCCAACUGGCUCUAUGAGGCCAUGGCCAAGACAUGGGAGCCCUGGCUGCCUGCUGAAGCCCUUCAAACCCUCAGAAUUGGGGGAUUCUAUGCCCUUUCCCCACGCCCUGGCCUCCGCCUCAUCUCUCUCAAUAUGAAUUUUUGUUCCCGUGAGAACUUCUGGUUCUUGAUCAACUCCACAGACCCUGCUGGACAGCUCCAGUGGCUCAUCGGGGAGCUUCAGGCUGCUGAGGACCAAGGAGACAAAGUGCAUAUCAUUGGUCACAUUCCCCCGGGGCACUGCCUGAAGAGCUGGAGCUGGAAUUAUUACCGAAUUGUGUCCAGGUAUGAGAACACGCUGGCUGGUCAGUUCUUCGGCCACACACAUGUGGAUGAGUUUGAGAUCUUUUAUGAUGAGGAGACUCUGAACCGGCCUCUGUCUGUAGCUUUCCUGGCACCCAGCGCUACCACCUACAUUGGCCUUAACCCUGGUUACCGGGUCUACCAAAUCGAUGGAAACUACCCUGGGAGCUCUCACGUGGUCCUGGACCAUGAGACCUACAUCCUGAACCUGACCCAGGCAAAUGUGCGAGGAGCCACGCCGCACUGGCAGCGCCUCUACAGGGCUCGAGAAACCUAUGGGCUGCCCGACGCGCUGCCUGCCGCCUGGCACAACCUGGUAUACCGCAUGCGGGACGACGUGCGGCUAUUCCAGAUCUUCUGGUUUCUCUACCAUAAAGGCCACCCACCCUCGGAGCCCUGCGGCACGCCCUGCCGGCUCGCCGUUCUGUGCGCCCAGCUCUCCGCCCGCGCUGACAGCCCUGCUCUCUGCCGCCACCUGGUGCCCAGAGAGUCUCUCCCGGAGGUCCAGCGCUUGUCGCCAAGGCCCCUAUUCUGCUAGGACCUCAGAGCCCAGAGUAGCAAUGCUCAUGUCCUAGGAAAGCAGCAAAAGCGCACCGUGAUGCUGCGAUCCAACCAGGGAAUAACAUCAUGUGGAAGAGCCCAUCCUCAGGCCCCAAGUCUGCAGGAAAACAGGACCUUCCUUCUUGGAGCCAGGCUGGCUGCAUUUGGGAGAGGGCUUGGUGCUCUGUGCCCGGGACAGAGACUGCUGUCCUCUCACAGCCAUGGAGUUGAGGCUGAAGUGCCCUGGACAGCCAGACAGGAGCUGUCGCCGAGGUCAAUGCUGCUGCUACCUGAUCUGCCAGGCUGAUAAAAUAAAGAUAAGAGACUUGGACUCCAGA